AUGUGUGCUUCGCAGAUGGACUUGCAGCGUACCGUAGAGGUGCUAAAGCAACAGCUUUUGCGCGGCGAGACCGAUAAGGUAUGGCUGAAUAACUCAGAUGACGCUUUUAAUUUGGACUUUCAGAAGCGGAUCACGCUGAAGAAGUUGGAAGACCUAAAAAUUUCCGUCCAUAUUUUACUGGAGACAAAAAUCGGCAAGUUGGUGAACAGUUUCAGACAUGACGACCUUCUGGGGCCUCUUGCUAAGCGCGUCGUUGCCAAAUGGAAAGAAGACGCAUACGAGUCGGCAAGGGCCAGUGGAAUCGUUAUUGAAGCUGCCGCAAGUGCAAAAUUGGCAUCUAGCGACGUGGAUACAUAUGUGGAAAGAGAGUUGCCGUCUUCAGAGUGCAAAGAGACCUGUGAUAUCGCCCCUGCAACGAAACGCGAUAAACCCAAAGUCGACGGAAAAAACUUGUGUUUGAAUGACAGCCAACGCAAUAGGCGCAAUAAUAACGUCGAAUUGAAGUCAAAUGAUAGAAAGCCAAAAUUGGCAAAAAAAUCUGUGAGCAGAGCAGCUGCCGAAAGUGCCAAAUUCACUUCUGACUGUAGUAGUUUUGAGAAUGCGCUGCUCUCUGCCGAUGAUGUCGUUGUGCAACGUGGUCAAAAGAAGACCGUGAAGCCGCUUAAGCGUUCGGUCGACAGAGUGAAACAAGUGGAAGGGAAGUGCGACUUGUCGAAGGACGCGGCGAAAACCACCCAUUACCCAGGUUUUUCGGCUUUAGACGUGGAUUUGAGUAAAGUGUUGUCGAAGACCGUUCCCGAUUAUCAUCCUGUAAGGCACAACGUCGUCGAGCUACCGACAAACAGUCGUAAAAGAGCUGCAGGUACUGUGCACUAUGCGUAUCAUAUUUCUUGCGCUGUAAGCAAGUGGAGUCUGAUGUCGACUUUAACACUACCGUUUUGCACACAGCCAUCCACACACGUAGAAACUCGUUUGCACUGUGACAUUUUUGUAACAAAGAUAAGAGCAUAAUA